CAGAUAUGUGUGAACCAAACGCCUGUCCGGUGGACACAAUCGGCGGACAACAACCCACUGAAUGUAAGCCCGAGUGGCGACACAUCAUCGGCAACACCACCACCGGCUCCGCCACUGACCACAGAUUGCAAGCAAAACACUGAACCAAAACGUGUUGACCAAACCAACCAAGUGGUGGCGGAGGAGACCGAGAACAUGCUCAAACUAAUACCAUUUACCAUCACCAACAUUGUGUUGACCAUAUUUUCCAUCGUGGUCUACGUCUGGGAUGUCGGUAGCGAUGUUAAGCUGGCGACCCAUCAUUAUUUUAAUAAACAUUAUUGUAUUGCCCUCAUUGGUUAUGGCGGUAAUUACCCGGCGCUGGCAUACAUGAGUCGCUUGAGUCUAAUUGACUGCUUCAUGGAGUCGGCCCCUCAGCUCGUGCUUCAACUUUAUAUUGUGGCUAAGGGUGACCCACAGUCGACCAAUAUAUGGACAGUGGUGUCAGUGUUGGGAUCAUUAGUAGCCCUGUCUAUGGCACUGGUCAAUGUUUCUCUCCAAGGUGACGUAAUCAAUAAGCAGCUACAUAAUACAGUAUACGCUACUGUAUAUUGUUUCAGUGAUAAUAAUAAAACUAAAUAUCUGGACAUCAAAACUAAAUCAAUGGCCGAAACAAUCACUUCAGACACUGAUAACCAGAUAUGUAUGAUUGAAAUGCCUGACCGUAACAGACAGUCGGCGGACAAUAACAGUCCGAUUGAGACUACGAGUGGUGACACUAGUGGUACGAUUGCCAGCACAUCAUCGCCACCACAGCCACCGAAGACAUCGGCAAAUAAUAACGACGUGAUUACUGUUGCGACGGCACCGGAAGUUAGCCAUAAGUCUGAAGACGUCUAUUUACUAAACCCCAUAUAUUUAGUAAAAAAGUACGCCAGCUUCUCCCCAGCAAGCCUCACUAUCUGGGAGUCACCUCUGCCUGACUAUACGAUAUAUACUAAUUUAUUUGUCGCACUAUUUUCAAUGGCCACGUUUUUCGCCGACAUUUUUACCGACAUUAUGCUCGCCAUUGAUUAUCAUCGCAAUCAUGACUAUUGCUAUAGCUAG